AAGUGACUGACUGCCUACAAAAAGUAACUGACUGCUCACGAGAAGUGACUGAUUACCCACAAAAAGUGACUGACUGCCUACAAAAAGUGACUGACUGCCCACAGAAAGUGACUGACUAUCAACAAGAA